GCUAUUCGAAUCUGCUUUAUCAACGUUGCGACAGCGUAUAAAUAUUUUUUCUCUUAAUAGUUGCUGUGAGGAAUCACUAGUAGUGCGCUUCUCGGCGUCCUUUUAUAUCCACGGAUACUAUUGUCUUGAAACAUACAUCUUCUUUUUUUUCAUUUCGUCCGUCGCUGGCGCCUCCACCGCUAUCGGAAGUGUUUUCAUUAUUAACCAGCGCAUACGCACGCACGAAACGUAGUUGCCCUGAUGUUCCGCACUCUCCCUAAUUAUCUGAAGGUCGCCGUGUGCGUGAAGCGCGUGGUGGACUAUACGGUGAAGGUCCGCGUCAAGGACAACAAGGUGCAGACGGCCAACUCCAAGAUGAGCGUGAACCCCUUCGACGAGAUCGCCAUCGAAGAGGCGAUUCAGCUGAAGGAGAAGAAGUUGGCAACGGAGGUCGUCGCGGUCACCAUUGGCAGCAAGAAGGCGGAGGAGGUCCUCCGCACCGCCAUGGCGCUCGGGUGCGACACGGCGGUCCACGUGGUGGUGCCAGACGCGGCGGCCGAGACGGUGGAGCCGCUGGCGGUGGCGCAGAUUCUGCAGAAGCUGCACGAAGACCUGAAGCCGGACAUUUGGAUCCUCGGCAAGCAGGCCGUCGACGACGACUGCGGCUGCACGGCGCAGCUGCUCGCCGGCCUCUUGAACGUGCCACAGGGCACCUUCGCGUCCAAGGUGGAGGUGAAGGGCAACGCUGUCACCGUCACGCGCGAGGUGGAUGCCGGGCACCAGGUGGUGGAGCUGACGACGCCGUGCGUGCUGGCCGCGGACCUGCGCCUCAACACACCCCGCUUCCCGAAGCUGCCGAACAUUAUGAAGGCGCGCAAGAAGCCGAUCGACACGCGCGACGUGGCGGCGUUCGGCGUGGACAUCGCACCGCAUCUGUCGACGGAGGUGGUGACGGAGCCAGAGACCCGUAAGGCUGGUGUGAAGGUGAAGUCGGUGGACGAGUUCUACGACAAGCUGUGCAACGAGGCGAAGGUGCUUUGA